CACAUCAUCAUCACCUAUAUAUCAUAUGACCUCAAAAGCUCUCCUACUGAUCUCUGCUUCUCUCCAUGGACUUCACAGUCUCCAUAACCAGCCAAGAUGUUGCAAAGGAAGAGCCACUGAAACUGGUGUCUCCAAAUAGUCCAGACCCCCCAGAAACCAUUUUCUUAUCAAAUAUUGAUCUAGCAGUGGCUUUCCCUGUGGAAACAGUUUUCUUUUUUGAAGUACCUCCAGACAAGAGCUCCUCAACACUGAAUAUCUCUCACAGAUUGGGGAAAGCAGUGGCUGAGGUGCUCUUAGUUCCUUACUAUUUUAUGGCUGGGAGACUCAACUUCAACCAUCAGACAAGGAGGUUGGAGCUUCUCUGCAACAAUGCUGGAGCUUUGUUUGUCAGUGCCACCUCGAGGCUUCGGUUGAAGGACCUUGGAAAGCUCUCUCUUCCGAAUUCAACAUUUCAUCAUUUUGUUCAUCGGCCUGGCCUUUACAAAACCCUCGCUGAAACUGCACUUCUUACUAUCCAGGUCACCAGAUUUUCCUGUGGAGGUUUCUCAGUCGGAUUUGUGACAAAUCACGGCAUUCUUGAUGGAAAAUCAGCUAGUGAAAUGUUCCAGAACCUUGCCUCUCUAUGCAGAGGUGAAAGCAUAGCGAACCAAGUACUAUACAAUGACAGAACAUUCUUCAGAGCAAGAAUCCCACCCCAAAUCAAAUACCCACAUAUGGAAUAUGUAAAGCUACAGGAUAUUUCAUCUCUUGCCUCAUCGUUCACUGCACCAAACCAGUUUUUUCCCUCUCCAUCAGUUUUUUCAGAAAAAUUCACUCACAAGCUCUUCUCGUUUACUCCUGAACUGAUCGCCACUCUUAAAGAAAAAGCCAUGAAAAGAUGCUCAAGCUUUGAAGCCAUUGCAGCUCACCUUUGGAGAGCAAGAACAAAGGCUAUUUUCACAAACCCAGAUGAAGUCUCAACUGUUCUUUUUGCAGUAGACAUAAGGUCUAAAACAUCUCCACCUCUGCCAAAUGGGUUUGUCGGGAAUGCUGUGAUCACAGCAUUUGCAACCUCAAAAGUGGCUGAUUUGGUGGAGAAGCCAUUCUGUUUCUGCGUCGAGAAGAUGAGGGAAGCAAUUGAGAGAGUGACAGAGGAGUACGUGAGGUCAGUGAUAGACUGGUUGGAGGUUUACAAAGGCGUCCCUGCAACUUGUAAUGGGAACUUUUAUGUUUCAGCAUGGAGUAAACUGCCAUUUGGUGAGCUUGACUUUGGGUUUGGGAAGCUUGCCCAUGGCGGACCGGUGGCGAGUGGGAACGAUGAGUUUGCGCUGCUUCUUUCUGAGAGAAGAAGCGUGGGAAAUGGUGGAUGCAUAAAUGUAUGGAUGGGUCUUGAGCGAGACAAGAUGAAGAAGUUCGCGGCCCAUAUUUUUGAAAUAUGACAACAGUCUUCCAUGGC